CCGGUAAAUCACCCGGAUGUGAUAGUCCAUGUGCAGUCCAGUCUGAGCAGCUCAUUUGCACCACACGGCUCGUCCUUUUUACACCGUUUGGUCUCGUGCGCCUCGUUGCAGUUACACGCUUUUCACCUCGCAAAGAUGUUUCGUUUGCCAUCGGUCAUGAAGCAGGUGAGGCCCGUGUGCCGGGCGCUGGCUCCUCACCUCACACGAGCCUACGCCAAGGACGUCAAGUUCGGCGCCGAGGCUCGCGCCCUCAUGCUGCAGGGAGUCGACCUGCUGGCCGACGCUGUGGCCGUCACCAUGGGCCCAAAGGGUCGCAAUGUCAUCAUCGAGCAGAGCUGGGGCAGCCCCAAGGUCACCAAGGACGGCGUGACGGUGGCCAAGAGCAUCGACCUGAAGGACAAGUACCAGAACAUCGGCGCCAAGCUGGUUCAGGACGUGGCCAACAACACCAACGAGGAGGCCGGCGACGGCACGACCACCGCCACGGUGCUGGCCCGCGCCAUCGCCAAGGAGGGCUUCGACACCAUCAGCAAAGGCGCCAACCCCGUGGAGAUCCGACGCGGAGUCAUGAUGGCCGUGGAAGCAGUCAUCGAGGAGCUGAAAAACCUCUCCAAGCCUGUCACGACCCCCGAGGAGAUCGCUCAGGUCGCUACGAUCUCCGCCAACGGAGACGUGGAGAUUGGCACCAUCAUUUCCAACGCCAUGAAGAAAGUCGGCCGCAAGGGAGUCAUCACUGUCAAGGACGGGAAGACUCUUCACGAUGAGCUGGAGAUCAUUGAGGGGAUGAAGUUCGACCGCGGUUACAUCUCCCCUUACUUCAUCAACUCCGCCAAAGGUCAGAAGUGCGAGUUCCAGGACGCCUACCUGCUGCUGAGCGAGAAGAAGAUCUCCACCGUCCAGAGCAUCGUGCCGGCCCUGGAGAUCGCCAACCAGCACCGCAAACCGCUGGUGAUUGUGGCCGAGGACGUGGACGGAGAGGCACUCAGCACUUUGGUUUUGUUCAGGCUCAAGGUCGGGCUUCAGGUGGUGGCUGUUAAAGCUCCGGGCUUCGGAGACAACAGGAAGAAUCAGCUGAGGGACAUGGCCGUCGCCACCGGGGGAACCGUGUUUGGGGAAGAGGCCGUGGGUCUGCUUCUCGAAGACAUCCAGGCUCACGACUUCGGUAAGAUCGGCGAGGUGCAGAUCACCAAAGACGACACCUUGAUGCUGAAGGGAGGCGGCAGCCCGGCCGACGUGGAGAAGCGCGUGGCGGAGAUCCUCGAGCAGCUGGAGAACACCGAGAGCGACUACGAGAAGGAGAAGCUCAACGAGAGGCUGGCCAAGCUGUCCGACGGCGUCGCCGUGCUCAAGAUCGGCGGAACCAGCGACGUGGAGGUGAACGAGAAGAAGGACCGCGUGACCGACGCGCUGAACGCCACGCGGGCGGCGGUGGAGGAGGGCAUCGUGCCGGGCGGAGGCUGCGCUCUGCUGCGCUGCAUCCCGUCGCUCGACGCCCUCAAGACCGCCAACGCCGACCAGAAGAUCGGCGUGGAGAUCAUCAGACGGGCGCUCCGUAUUCCGGCCAUGACCAUCGCCAAGAACGCCGGCGUGGAGGGAGCGCUGGUGGUGGAGAAGAUCCUGCAGGGGCCGGUCGAGGUCGGCUACGACGCCAUGCUGGGAGAGUACGUCAACAUGGUGGAGAAGGGCAUCAUCGACCCCACCAAGGUGGUGAGGACGGCAUUGCUGGAUGCCGCAGGCGUUGCCUCCCUGCUCGCCACCGCCGAGGCCGUGGUCACGGAGCUCCCCAAGGAGGAGAAGGAGAUGCCAGGAGGCGGGCAUGAGGCAUGGGGUGGAAUGGGAGGCAUGGGAGGCGGCAUGGUUUCUAAGCCGAUCCUCCUGACCUGCUGUACAGACUUUAUACAGGCGAGUGGUGGGGGGGGGGGGGCUGCACCCACCUCCACCUCCACCAAACUUUGCCCAAACGGACUGAUGAGUAUGUUGGAGCUGCAAGCGUUUGAUGACCCCCCUCCUCCUCCUCCCCUCCUCCAUCCCCACUUUCCAUCACUUCACCUGGUUCUGCCUCUUCGUCCGGUGGGUUCUGGAGGACGGGAGCCCGUCGAGCCUCGUUUGCUCCACCUGUCGUCCACUCUGAAGGCUACCGCACUCGACAGAGGGAAACAUACGCAUUCAGAUUUCAUAGUACACAUCGACGCUCUUGUAUUUACUGCAACGAGCACGAGAAAAGAUGCCUAGCCAAGUUUGUGUCUGUCCUUUUUUUUUUUUAUUUUGUCGUAGUGCUUUUGUUAAUUCUUUUAGUUUUUUACAUAUAUAAUAUAUCUGUAGUUUUGUUUCCCCCAGCUAAUGUUAUGUCAUUUGAUUUCAUUAAACCAAUUUUCUUACAGAGCUUUGAGCAUUUGUCUGAUCUUCUCUGAAGUGGCGUCGUACGGGACCUCGAUCGGGUCAAAUACCAGAGCUUGAGUCUCCGCCGUGUGUGUGUGUGUGUGUCAAUAGAUGUUUAAAUUAAGAUCAUGUUCACGGAGAUGUCUGUGGGGGUCAUUUUCGUACUCAGCAGAGUGCAGAUUCAUUUGUUUCUCCAUCUUUUGGCUGAUUAUUGAUUACACAAUAAUCCAUAAAUGGCUGCUUACCUGUGAGAGGUGGGGUUGAAGUUACGAAGCAGUUUGGAUUAUUCAAGGUCUAAAUGUGAAACUCUGGUGCCGUUGAAUUUCCAUCUUUUCUCCACUCGUCUGCUUUAACUAAUAACUGCAGUAUACGGAUGUAUUGCUUGCAUAAAACGGGAAGUUAUUCCAUCGCAAAAUAGGAGUGAUCGUUUGACUUGUUUUGUACAAUGUAGACUAUUUCAUGGUGGUUUCUUUUCUCUUUUUUUUUAUUUAAUAAAUUCAAUUGUUCAGAUG